AUGGAGGAAUCGGCAGAAAGGGAAAUGAGAAGAUAUAUUGAAGCUUCUCUUCCAAUAAGCUGUAUGUUUCGAGGAAUAUCAGCUUGGAUUGGUAAUUGCCAUCUGUUCUGGGGAAAUUUGGAUUGGAGGGAGGUGACCGAGACCUCUUGCACCGCAAGAUCAUCUGGUGUUGUUGGUGCUGGUGAAGUGCAGCACAAGACAUUCUGA